AUGGCCCCAUCCGGUCGUACUCGGCAGUCGAUGUUCUCGCAUGAGAUCCCUCCGGUCGCUGGGAACACACGAGAUUUCCAGUCGACAUUCGCUAUUCUUGGGGAGCUUCAUCGCAAUGGCGCAUUCUGGAGGAGUGAUGCAGCAGCAGCAAGACAGUCUGCUGGACACUCCGCCGCAGAUGCUCAGAAUAUGAGAGCCGAAGCGUCUCGAGAAUCCUACAUGCAAGCACUCUGCUCGGAGCUGUUGGAUUUCGAUCUGUCACCGGACAUGCCAGGGAACUCUGAGGAUGCAUCAUCUUUGACACCAACAGCCCGGAGUAUAGUCUACAAUCAAGACGGGUCGUCGUCACAGAGCCAUGGCAUGUCCAUCGGGAAGCCGUGUCUGUUUGGGACUCUAGGUGGAGGCGACUCGAAGGUUUCGAUGCUUCCGUCUCAGAGCGACGCUGAGUACCUAAAUGCGGCCAAGGAACUUCAUCCAGUACCACGAAAUAACAGGAAAAGGCUCAGUUACGCCGAGCCCCUCCGGAAGAUCUCUCGCGCCCCGGCCAAGGUAUUGGAUGCUCCCAAUCUCCAAGACGAUUUCUACCUUAAUCUAGUGGAUUGGGGGAGCUGCAACUUACUCGCCGUUGGACUAGCGAGGACGGUUUUCCUGUGGUGUCCUGUGACGGGCGCAGUGAAUCAGUUGUGUGAGGUUCCAGAAGACGACUUAGUAGCAAGCGUCGCUUGGAGCCAAGAUGGAUCCAGUGUGGCAAUUGGGACUGGAAAAGGUCAAGUGCAGAUGUGGGAUCCUGUUCGGUGUGAGAAAACUAGUGACCUCCUAGGGCAUAGUGGAAGAGUCGGUGCCCUUGCAUGGAGUGGGUCUCGCCUCGCCACUGGUGGCCGUGAUCACUCCAUUCUACUGAGGGAUAUCCGUAGUCCCCAACGUAAUGUGGGCAAGCUAAUCGGGCAUCGCCAGGAGGUAAGUUACGUCUGCGCUUUCGUGCGACGAUCAGCGUGCCAGGUUUGCGGCUUGAGUUGGUCAUAUAAUGGAACUAUGCUUGCUAGUGGUGGAAAUGAUAACAAGGUUCUUACCUGGAGUGCCUCUAUGAUGCCAUCAGGGAGUGCCAUGGAUGUAGGCUCUAGCUUGGUCGCCACACCAGCAUCACACGUUUGGCUACUGGUGGGUGGGACCGCAGACCGAUGCAUUCGUUUCUGGGAUACUCAUACCGGCACUUGCCUCAAUUGUGUCGACACAGGCUCGCAAGUGUGCAACUUGAGCUGGGCUAAGAGUGUGAAUGAGGUGGUGUCAACACACGGUUACUCCCUAAAUCAGGUCGUUGUAUGGAAGUAUCCCAGCAUGCGGAAAGUCGUCACCCUCACAGGACAUACAUAUCGAGUUUUGUACCUGUCGGUAUCGCCAGAUGGGCAAACCGUCGUCACUGGAGCUGGGGACGAGACGUUACGCUUUUGGAAUGUAUUCCCACCUAUUCGGGGGGUGCCCCCUAACGGAUAUAGAGUCAGAUGCGCUACCGUUGUGCCACAGAACCUCGAAAUAAAUAUAUGUCAGAGAACCCGUAAGUGGCAGAAAUGCGUCGCAUGGAAGAACACAACAGACAUACAAAAUGAGAUACCAAUCAUCAACCUAAUACAUGUGUUGCCAACUAUCGACUAA